UGUUACAGAUCUUGGUGAAGGGGAGGGAGAAGAGGAGACAGAGGAGAAGAACAAAGAAAGGAUGGAGUCAGGUCCUCUCACCCCCAUGAAGCAAUGUCUGAAUCUACGAGGAAUUAGUGUCCUUGAGAAGCUCAUCAAAACCUGCCCGGUGUGGCUGCAGCUGGGCAUGGACCGGGAACGAGCCAAGGAGAUCCUCCAUCAGGAAAUGGCUGGGAUAUUCCUGGUUUGGCGGGAUGGAAAUCUAAAAAACAUGAUUCUCUUGGUCCACUUUCCCUCCUCGAAUGAUGCUUCUGACAUACUAGAAUACAACAUUAAAGAAGAAAAAUCAAUACUGUACCUGGAAGGAUCCGUUCUCGUGUUUGAGGAUGUCUUCAAACUGAUAGCUUUCUACUGUGUCAGUAGGGAUUUGCUGCCCUAUACAUUAAGGCUGCCUCAAGCCAUAUUGGAGGCCAACAGCUUUAAAGACCUUGAAACCAUCUCUAAUCUGGGAAUAGGCUUUUGGGACUCCUCGUUAAACCAUCGGAGAAGAGUCGGAGAAGACCCCGAGACGCCGAGAGAGCCCGCUGCCGGUGCCCGGGCCAACAGCCUCAGAUCCACUCCAGAUUACGCAAACUGUUCAUGUGAAAUCGAGCUGUCAGUUGGAAAUGACAGGCUGUGGUUUGUGAAUCCUAUUUUUAUAGAGGACUGUGGCAGUUCGUUCCCCUCAGAGGACCCUCCCACUGAAGGAAGCGGCACGAACUUUGAUCUCUCCCUUUGUACCUCAUUGACUUCGAAGUGUGUUCCCCAGCGGCCCCCUCCCCCGCCUCCCACCCCUCCUAUUUCUCCACCUCUUCCUCCUCCCCACCAGCUGGCUCCUCCUCCUUUGUCCCGCCCUCCUCCUCCUCACUCUCCUCCUAAAGUUUCUCCCCUGGCUUCUCUUCCUGCUGCUUCUCCUCCGUUGGCUCUUCCUGCUUCCCCCCUCAUCCCUUCUCAUGCCCCAGAACUGCCCACCGAACUCUGCAAGCAGCCCGGGACGGCCGGAGGAAGGGACCAGCUCUCUUCCAAGGACGGAGGACAGGUCCAGGAGGAGGAGAUGAAGAAGGAGGAGGGGCCGGAGCCAGGCCCACUGUUCCAGUUCCCCGCGGCCCUGGAGAAAAGUUGUUCCCUUCCUGCCAUCCCACCACGCAGGCGGCUGUCCGAGAAAGGGUCUUCGGAGGAGAGGCACACCAUCGGGACGGGAGAGGGACCUCCGGCCAGAGGGAAGCAGCGGGAAGGGGAACCAGACGGCCGUUCCGAGGAGACCCCCAACAGCCUGCUGCUUGGGAAGGUGACCCCCGCCCUUGGGGAUGAGAACCGGAGGGCCGCAGGGAAGGACAACAAGAUGGAGGCCCGGGUCUCUGGGACGAGGGACCUCUCUGGACCGCAGGCACAGGCCCCAGAGAAGGCAGCGAAACCUCCCCCAGUCCCACCUCCGAGGAAGAAGAGAAACACCCAGAAGCUGGCCCCCGCCCCCGCCCUGACCCCCUCUCUAAAGCCAGAAUUGCCCCCAACCCCUGUGCAGCCUGGAGCCCGGCCUCCUCAGGCCCUUUCCAAAAGUGGCUCUCAGCCCACCGUGGGCUCGGCCCGAGAGAGAGGCAGAGCCGAGCCCCAGCGCUGGAGUUCCCCGGAGUUCCAGGGCUCUGCCCUGUCCCUGACAGACAGCCUGGGGACCCUGGCCCUCGCCAGUGAGCAGGACUCCUACUCCACCAGCAGCACGGAAGAAGACGCCGACCCCCUGGGCACUUCGGUGAAGAAGAAGCCCUCCAUGAUUCUGGAUAAGGCCAAGCACCGGCUGUCCUUCGCGAACAUCUCCAACGUCUUCUCCGCUUUCCUCUCCCACAACCGCAAGCUGCACAAGAAGCUCGUAGAGCUGGCCCAGGAGAAGAAUUCGUACUUUGGCAACCUGGUGCAAGACUACAGGGUAUACAGCCUGGACAUGAUGUCCAAGCAGAGCUCCAGCACGGAGAUGCUCCAAGAGAUCCGCAUGAUGAUGACCCAGCUGAAGAGCUACCUGCUCCAGAGCACAGAGCUGAAGUCCCUGGUCGAUCCGGCCCUGCACUCAGAAGAGGGACUGGAAGCGAUCGUGGAGUCAGCACUGUACAAAUGCGUCCUGAAGCCUUUGAAAGAAGCCAUCUACUCGUUCCUCAAGGACAUCCACCACAAGGAUGGGACCCUCCAGCUCCUGAAGGAUAACCAGCUGGUCAUCCUGGCCACGACCACCACCGACCUCGGGGUCACCACCAGUGUUCCUGAGGUGGCGAUCAUGGACAAAAUCCUCCACAAGUUCACCACCAUGCACAAGGCCUAUUCCCCUGAGAAGAAGAUCGCCAUUCUGCUGAAGUCCUGCAAGCUCAUCUACGACUCCAUGGCACUCGGAAACCCAGGGAAACCUUAUGGCGCAGAUGACUUCCUGCCCGUGCUCAUGUAUGUGCUGGCCCGCAGCAACCUGACCGAGAUGCUUCUCAACGUGGAGUAUAUGAUGGAACUCAUGGACCCCGCCCUGCAGCUGGGGGAAGGUUCCUAUUACUUAACCACCACCUACGGGGCCCUGGAGCACAUCCGGAACUAUGACAAGAUCACGGUCACCCGUCAGCUGAGCCUGGAGGUUCAAGACUCCAUCCACCGCUGGGACGCAGGAGGACCCCUCAACAAGGCCCGGGCCUCCCGCUCGUCUGUGCAGGAUUUCAUCUCCAUCUCCUUCCUGGAGCCCGGCAAGCAGCUGCGGACGCUGGCAUCUCGGCCUGACACCCAGGCUCUGCAGCUGAGCGCUCAAUGUGCAGAGAAAUUCGAGGUGGCCCAGCCCCAGGAUCACGGCCUCUUCGUUCUCGUCGAUGACAGAUGCUUCCGGCGCCGACGAUGCCCUCCCGCACCUCAUCAAGCCUACUUGCUCAAGCACGAGCCCAGGAUCGAUUUUCAAUUUAUUUAUAAGACAGUGGACCUGGAAAACCCAAACUCCUGUCGUCAAGGAACCAAACUUCCUAUAAGGGCAAAGGCUGGUUCUGUACUUACCUAUGGGAGUGUGUAUGUGUGUAUAUGUUAUAUAUGAUAUGACACUGGGAAAUGAGCCAUCCAUCUCAGCAACAUGCAGUGUUUUCCAAAGACCUGUGGCUGA